UCAUGGCUCGCUGCAGGAGUUACUUGCGAGGACUCGACAUCUGUGUCACUGUGCUGCUUCUGGUGUCUGGUGUUGUGAUGAUCGGCGUCGGCUUUUCCACCAUCGACGGCAGCGUACCCGUCGCCCAGUUGUUCGAGCAGCUGUCCAGUGGUGGUGGUUUACUGGUCCUGCAGGUGUUUGGACCUCUAACUGUGGUUUUAUCUGUUUUGGGCAUCUGUGCUGCAUCUUGGGACCAUAAACCUUCGCUGCUGGUGUUUUCUGUUCUGAUAUUCGUGGAGUUCGUGGCUCUGAUGGUUGUUGCCUCACCGCUGGUUCAGGUUCAAGCUCAGAUGGACAGUGCUGUGGAUGAGGUGUUUCUCAACGUGACUCCUCUUCACAGAGCAGAUCGUUACAUCCAGCAAGAACUAAACAAACUUCAGACUUCGAAUUCUUGUUGUGGUUUGAGGAGUUUUGAUGACUGGGGGGAUCAACUUCCUGACUCCUGCUUCUGCACGCCUCCCACUCCCCCCCCUGCCACGGCCACCCAGCAGCCGAGCUCUCAGGCCGGUAACUCCAGCUCACAGGGGUCCUGUGUUCUGGUGGGUAAAGACCUUCCACCUCUGACCCCACAGGUCACAGAUAAAGUGUGGGUAUACUCAAAGCCCUGUGGUCCCGUCUUGAAGAGCCACUUGAGCUUCCCUAUCAAACUCAGGAUAGGAAUCAUUUCAGCCUUUGCCACCAUUGCGAUGACGGCUAUUGUUCUGUCCUUGGCGUUGGGUCUGGAGGAAUACUGGAAGAAGCCUCCCGUAGAAACAACAGUCGACGAUUUUAACAGAGUGAAAUACCAACCCAAACCCUCCAUGACCUGACCUCUGACCUCUGACCCCUUGCCUUAAUGCUAAGCAUCAAUAUGCACCGCAGGUGACUAAUAAAAACAUCCAUCCAUUCUUUCGGGAAUUUCAAAAUAGCAUAUUUAUUUUUGACAAAACAAACAGAGACUAAAUUGUGUGACUGGGCUGUAAUUAUUUUAGGUAAUCAUCGGAAAAAUGUUGAAGGUGAUGCCAACUUGCACACAUUUUGGCUUUCUGUCACAAUAACAGCCUCAUAGUUGGAGGCAACAGGAAGACUAGAAGUAAAUUAAGCCUCUUUAGAGAGGUUUUCAGGUUUAUGUUAUUUUUUUUUUUUUCUUCAGGGAGGAGGGUAUCUCUGUUUUGAGAAGUUGCUGUAGAGUUGAGUUCAUAACCCUUAAAGGCCCCAAACAGUCGCCUGCCUUGCCUGUCAUCGCCUUUAUAAUGCUUUUUAAACUUGGUAGGGGUCCAAAAAUGUGUCUAAAAUGCUGGUGUUCUUAUCACUGUCUUUGCAGAGGUGUUAUGUAAUCACAAUGCUUGUCAUAUUUUUUUUAUUUUUGGAAAACCAGUGACUCCAGAAUCCUCUCAGAGAUCUCUUAACUUGCAAAGUCAGCUCAGGACUGCUGAAAACUUUAAAAAGACGAUGAUAGUUGGGGUGAAAUG